CUAAAUCAAUCAUCACAAGAUGCCCGAUCCUGUAGCUUUUCUUACGCUAAUGGCUAUGGCGUCGGUGGUUUCGUCGGUUGAGCAGAAUUGCAAGGAAAUGCCGAAGGAAAUCUUGGGGAAAAUAUUGGGGCCGGCGUUCAAUGCGCGCUACAUGAGCAUUGAAGCACCAGAAAUACUAAUCAAAAAUAAUGAGGGCGACAGGAGGAGAAAAACGGUUUUUGACCCUUCGUUCUACGUGGAUAGCGAUUUCGAGCAGGAAUUGAGCGACGAGCCGGCAUGGAAUGUCGACCACAUCGAAGUCAAUCUCCGGCGAGGGCAUCUCGCAAAGGGCAGAACGCGGCGCGAAGGACCUGAAGCUUUGGCGUGGCAUUGCAAGUCAAAGGUGCACUGGUCUGAUUUAGGGAUUGAUUACUUCCCUCGGUACAUGAGAUCGGUGGAGUGCUUGAAAGACAAGUGUUGGUACAACAGAUUCGAGUGUCAACCGAGAUCGUUCACUGUUAAAGUGCUGAGGAGGAAACCGGGAAAUUGCACUUUAAUUCCGCCCGGCGUCAGAGUUGGAACCAUCGGCCUUCCGACGGAUCUUCGUGAACUCUGGGUGUGGGAGGAGAGGGCUCUCAACUUCUGUUGCGAUUGCAUUAGCAAUUUUAAACAAUUAAUUUCGAAUGAUUGAAUAAUACACAACAAGUACAUAAAACGGUACACACAAUUCAUAUUAAUUUAUCAUAAUAUGCCUUUUAAAUUACCUCUUAAUUGUUCUCUUCAA